UAUGAGAUCUGCGAGCUCAUCCGCAACGCUGACGACGACGUCGACUUGAGCCUGUAUCAUCGGAUUGCAAUCAAGGCGAAGGCCGUUCAAGUUGGCGACGACUUGAUUUACAUCUACAAAAAGUUCGGCCAAAUGGCAGGCGCCAAUGGGUCGUCGUCGGGAGACGAGGGACUCGGCUUGUCCUCGGUGAUAGGUCCCCACGAGCGCACCGCAUCGGUCUACACGCAAGGGCUGUGCGCGCUGCACGACAUACCGCACAUCGUCAUCGGGCGCGGGAGCAGGUCGACGCCCGGUCCCGUGAAACCGAUCAAUCUCUACCCGGACCCGAACGCGCUCGCCGCCGUCUACGCGCAGAUGAUAAAAAAGUUUCAAUGGAAAUCUUUCUCGAUAUUGUACGGCGACACGGACGACCUGAUAGCCCUCCGGGACGUCCUGAAAGUCUAUCCGAUGCGUCCCCCGUACACCCACGACAUUCGAGCUUUCAAAUUAGGCAGCGGACCAAAUUUUAGUGAGCCACUACUGGCUGCAAAAUCGUCUGGUCACAAGAAUUUUCUCCUGAACUGCGACUACCACAUGCUCGUCAGCGUCAUGAGACAAGCGCAAGAAGUUGGCUUAAUGUGCUGUUCUUACAAAUACUUGGUUGCCUCCUUGGAUCUGCAGACGAUCGACUUAUGGCCAUUCCAGCACACCGGAGCCAACAUCAGUGGUUUGCGGUUAGUCGAUCCGGACGAUCCAUUUGUCUCGAACUUCGUCGGCACGCAUUUGCACGACUUCGAAAUAGAGUCGGUGGACAAACUACGUGUCGAGGACGCUCUGAUGUUCGACGCCGUUGCGCUGUUCGCACAGGGCUACAAGGACUUGGCUUACGCCAAUCCGAUCGGCCGCGGCGGCGCCAAGCUGCCCGAGGAUUACAGUCAGGCUCGUCCUUGGCCAGAGGGACUCAGUCUUCGGAAUUACAUCCUGUCCAGCAAGUUGAACGGCUUGACCGGGCCGCUGAUGUUCGACGCGGAUGGACUGCGCAGGAAUUUCAAGCUCGACGUGUUGAAUCUUCAUCACACUGGCUUGGCGAAGGUCGGCACCUGGCAUCCCGAUCGAGGCUUCGACGGAUUGAGUCUCGCCAACGAAGUCACACAGGAACACUUCCGAAUCCUCAUAACCAUCAACCCGCCGUACGCGCAGAAAGUGAAUCACUCGAAAAUGUUGACGGGCAACGCCCGUUACGAGGGCUUCGUCAUCGACAUCAUCAAGGCCAUCGCCAAGGAUCUGAAUUUCAACUACACGUUCUACGUGCAAGACGACGGGGACAACGGGAAAUGCUCGAAAGACAACAGCACGAAGCAGUGCACGUGCGGUGGCAUGAUGGCCAAGCUGCUCGAAAACGAGAUGGACAUGGCGAUCACGGACCUGACCAUCACGGAAAACCGCGCCCAGUGCAUACGCUUCUCCACGGUCUUCAUGAACCUAGGCAUGAGCAUUCUGUACAAGAAGCCGCAGAAGGCGGCGCCCACGUGGUACUCGUUCUUCCUGCCCUUCAACAGCGUCGUCUGGAUGUGCCUGGCUCUCGCCUGGGUCGUGGUCUCGGUUCUCUUCUACGUCCUCGGUCGGCUCAGUCCGCCCGAAUGGACCAACCCCUAUCCCUGCAUCGACGAGCCCGAAGAGCUGGAGAAUCAAUUUUCCAUCGACAAUGCCUUUUGGUUCACCAUUGGGGCUCUCAUGCAGCAGGGCUCGGAGCUGGCGCCGAUAGGAAUAUCGACGAGAUGCCUAGCGGGAUGGUGGUGGUUCUUCUGCUUGAUCAUCGCCAAUACCUACACCGCUAACUUGGCCGCUUUCCUGACCAUCGAGACACCCGAAGUGAUCGUUCGCGACAUUCGAGACCUGUACAAUCAAACGAAAAUCAAAUACGGAGCCAAAUUAGGCGGCGCCACUUUCAAGUACUUCGAGAGCGCGACCGACCCCGAGAAUCGGCAGAUCUACGAGAAUAUGAUGGAUCCGGAAUGGGCCUCCAAGUGGAUGGUAGAUAAGAAUGAAAAAGGAGUCGAGCUAGUUGCAAACGAAGAGAACGAUUAUGCUUUCUUCACGGAGUCACCGACCAUCGAGUACUUCCAACAUCGAAUCUGUAAUAUCGAGCAAGCGGGUGGUUUGAUCGAUCAAAAGGCUUAUGCCAUCGGUUACUCCUCGAAUUUCAAAUAUACAAUGGAAGUCGAUAAAGUAAUGUCCAUGCUCAACGAGAACUCGGUGGUCAAGAACUUGUACAAAAAGUGGUGGACUGAGAAAGGCGCUGUUUGUACUGACGAUAACUCGAACCUUCCCACGCCGAUGACUCUAACCCAACUGAUUGGUGUUUUCUACGUAUUAGGAGGUGGCAUUGUGGUGUCCUUUGCAGUCGUAUUUUACGAGUUCACUUCUAACGUUCUUUCUGUUUCAAAAAUAAAUGAGGCAAGCAAACUAUUGCCUUAUUGUUCAAUUCAUAAAAAAAUCAACAAUCAUCGUACAUCGUCGUUAUUACAGGUCGCUUUUAAGAACACGUUCUGGGACGAGGUGAAUUUUAUAAGAGGAUCAAAAUCUAUCAAACCAGUACUAAAAAAACAGAAAUCCUUAGAGAACAACCAUUCUUGCAGUUAGACAAUAUCUACUCGGAUGCAUUCGUGAUAAAUGCAAACUUUCUUGUUACUUGUUAUAUUUUAUUUACUUUUAUACGAAAUUAUCAAUUCAAGUCCGAUUACAUAAUUUUCUUGCCGAAACAAACACAUCGCGAAUAAGAUCAUGUAAAAGCUCUCAUUUGUGAGUGUCUUAAGAAUAAAACGUGUGAGCUUUCACUGAUCGUUUCCUUUUGUAUUGCCCAACCAUCUUCACACUUUUCGAUCUCUUAGAUUUUUCGAGAAAAAAAAUGUAUUAUUCGUAAAUAUAUUCAAUACAGAUAUUUACAAUAAUCAAUCAAGAUUUAUACAUUUUCUAACGAUUAUUUACAAGUAUGUAAGUUAAGCUAAAGUGCUUCUCUCGGUUGCACCUGUAAUCGUUGUUACAAAAAUACGCUACAAGUAUAUAAACAAAAUAAAUAUCAGAUAUGCGCGAUAUUAAAAUGGCGAAAACUAUGCUUGUGUGUGUGUGUGUGUGUGUGUGUGUGUGUGUGUGUGUGUGUGUGUGUGUGUGUGUGUGUGUGUGUGUGUGUGUGUGU